AUAUAGAGAAAAUUUGAAAAUCAUUUUAAAACCAAAUAUAAUUUAUAAGUAUUUAAUAUUCUUAGUUUAGUAAGCAAUACAUCAAUGUUAAUUGAAUUAUUGAAUGAACAAUUUCUCAAGGAAAAAGUGAUUUCAGCGGACGGAUCUGGAUUCGAUGUAAAUGUCAGAAAUUUUAGUAACAUUUCAUGUUUUCCUAAAUAGUGAAGGCUGUGUGUGUGUUGGGUUGCGAUGUCGGAUAUAGGAAGUGGUGAUGAAGGUUCAAGCUCGCAAAAAUACCAUCAGGGCAUGGAGCAGGGCAGUGAAUAUGAUUCAGGCCAGCAGCAGAUGGAGCAAGAACUCGCAACCAAAAUGUUGCAGAUUCAGAGUAAGAGAUUCUACUUAGAUGUGAAACAAAAUCGUAGAGGACGUUUCAUUAAGGUUGCAGAGAUUGGUGCAGAUGGACGACGUUCCCAAAUAUUCCUUGCCCUAUCAACUGCUGCCGAGUUUAGAGAUCAUCUUUCUGCAUUUAGCGACUUCUACUCUUCUUUGGGUCCACCAAACCCAGACAAUGUUCCCGAAGAUGGCAAACUAAAAAGUGAAAUGAUGAUUAAAGACAAUCGUCGUUACUACUUGGACUUGAAAGAGAAUUCUAGAGGACGUUUUUUGCGGGUUUCCCAAAUGAUUGCUAGAGGAGGACCUCGUAGCCAAGUCGCCAUUCCGGCUCAGGGUAUGAUCGAAUUCCGGGAUGCUCUAACUGACUUAUUGGAUGAAUACAGUACUGACGAGCAUGCUUAUAAACCCGAUUUACCAGAGGGCAGACACAUGCAUGUCGACAACAAAAAUUUCUAUUUUGAUAUAGGUCAAAAUAACCGCGGAGUUUACAUGCGUAUCUCUGAGGUAAAAACAAAUUUCCGAACAGCUAUUACUGUACCUGAAAAGAGUUGGCAAAGGUUCAGAGAUAUAUUGAGUGACUACUGCGAUAAGAUCAAGCAACCUUCUCAAGGUUCUGGCGGGGGUAUUUCCUCCCAAGAUCAACCACAUUCUUUGGUUGGCAAUAACACCCAGCAGGAUUCCGGGACAAGUUUAAAGUAGGCUAGUUGCCCAUUUUAGACUAAUAGAUUUAUUAAUAUAACAAAUUAAAAAAUUGGAUAGGAACAGCAGUCGAUUUUUUGACCGUAAAAAAAUGAAAUUCUCCCCCACUUUACAAUUACUAAAUUUGUGAUUUUUGAAUGAUGGCUGAGAAAUCGACCACUGUCUAAAAUAUUGAUCAGUUCAAGGAGUUGGUUUUUUUUUUGAUCAGUGUUAAGUAACACUAUAAAUGUUAGAUUCUCUAUUAUAUGUUAAAAAAUGAUACUAAAUUAUUUAUUUAGUUGUUUUAAGUUGUUACAGUAGUGAUGUUUUGGCUUUUGAGUAAACCGUAGUCGGAGUACCAAGCAUAUCAUAACUGCUUAAUGUUUUUAAGUGGAGAUAGGAAUAGUAAUAAUUUGCAGCUACAAAUUUGUUUUAUUUUAUAGUACAUAAAAAUAUAUACAGAGAUGUAGCUAUUUUUGAAACAGGUUAGUUGCAGGCAACAACUGGUCUUACGUUAAUAUCAUGUGUAAGUUAUUCACAACAAUGAAUGGCAACUCUUUGAGAUACUCCGACUAUAAAUAUACUGUUGUGACGUAACUGACUCAAAAUUAAUAUUGGGCACAGAAUAACCUAAAAUUUCUAUUGAGUAUGCAUAAAAUGAAGAAUUUUAUUAUAUAUAGAAACUAUAUAAAAGCCAUAAGAAUUGUUUCUUAUUGGUAAAAAAUUUGGUGCUACAUAAUAAUUUUAUUUAAAAUUGGAAAGACUAUUCACGUUCUGUCAAAUUUAAAAUUAGAUUUAUUUAUGAUUUGGUUGAAAAUAUUUUAUAUGAAACAUAUAGAAUUUUUAUUUGAUUAAACACUUAUAAUACUUAAAGUUUAUUAUAUGUAGUUAGGAUUUGUACUCAAUUUUUAACUCGCUCAUAAGGUUUGUACAAAAAAUCUUUUCCUAUCUCUAUUUUAGUCAUACAUUUGUAAAAUGCAUCUCUAAAAGACCUUUAUUAAUAAUAAAGAUGCCUACUGCCAUAAUUAUAGUAUUUUUAGAAGUUGAAUUGAAUAAUUUAUUCAUCUUGAAGAAACUUGACUAUUGUUUAUUCAAAAGAUUUAUUUAAUUUCAAAGGUUUGAUGGGCACCACUUUUUUGUGAUUUUCAAAAUAUUGUGGUCUUGUAUUCUGUGAUUAUUUUAUCUUAAUGAAUAAAAAGCUUUAUAUUUUCAUUAGAUCGAUAUGUAAGCACUUUUGUUAUAUUGAAAAAAAAAUUAAAAACAAUCUUAAUGUUUGCUUCUCUGAAUGUUUUUUAAAAUUUAUUCAAGAUGAUUUAUCCCAUCUUAUCAUCCAAGUCAAAUGCAAUUAACUAAUUACUCAACUAAUAAUUAUGCACAUAAGCUAGAAGCAGACCUUAAUUAUAUUAGUUUAGCCCAGUUAUUUUCCAAAAUUUCACUUUUGUUGACUAAUUAGGAGUCAGAGUCAGAAGCAAGAGUAUAAAAUAUCGCUCUAGUAGAUUAUUUCAAGAGUGGGUCCUUUGCAUUUUAAAUUUAUCUAUAAGCUGUAGAUCAUCCAGUGACAAAGACUGCUCUGAUUGGGGCACAGUAGAUCUUACGUUACAGUGUAAGUUGUCCCCUAUAUAUAAUCUAAUAUAUCAUCACCUUUUAAGAGCAGUAUCACUUCAAGGAUUAAGCUAGAUCCUCACACCUGCAGGUUUCUUGUUGAAAGCAAUUUUUGUAUAUGCUUACAUAGGUGAAGCAGUAUAGAUCUAGCUGAAUUUGCUUUUCAUCCUUCUCUAUGCAGAAUCUACACUUGUUAGUUUCUGCCUAAACUUAAUUCCAUCAUUUGCUUCUUGUGGAGGCAACGGCCUGUGAUAAAGUCUGUAAGGAGAUAUAGCUUGUUUUUGCUUAAAUCCAAAUACUUUUUUGGAAUCAGGUCAAAUUCAGUUACCAUUUUAGAUUCAUGUCACUGUCACUAUUGGAUAUCAGUGCUUUUGUAGGUACAAAAACUCAGAAUUAUACUGUAAUAUGUAUUAUGACUUAUUAAAAUAAAUAGUAAGCAUGAAUACAUUCCACAAAUUCAGGAUAAUAAGAAAUAUACAGAGAAAUAUACCUAAAGAGUAUCAAGAAACUGUAAAUCCAUUUAUAAGCAAAUACAUCAACUUCCAAAAGAAGAGUCCUGAAUGUAAUGGAAGAACGUGGAAAGUUAGUCUGAGAUAAUAUAAAAUUAAGAAAUUAUGAAACUAUAAAACUAUCUCUUGUUUCCUAUAAUAAUCCGUUAUUCAACAUUCUUAAUAAGUAUUAUAUUGGCACUUUAAAUUGAUUGAGCUCUAACAGGAAAUAGAGAAACCAGAAAAAUAAAAGUAAAAAGUGACAGUUCCAUAAAGAUAAUACAUAAAAAGUAUUCAAAGUGUAGAGAAUACAUAAAAAGCAGAUAGUUUCCAACAGCAAUAAUUUUUUGGAAAUUAUUAAAAACAGUUUUUCGAGUACAUUUUGGAAAUGGAUGAAAAGUUCCAAGAUGUGUAACCUAAAAUGAUUAAUAAUGAAGUGGAAAGUACUUGAGAUGUGUGGUUGAUUGAAACGAAGAGAGAAUUCAGGAUUUCCUCUAAAACAGUUGUAAUUGAUUUGUUUUAAUCUUUAUUUUUGAAACGAAAUUGGUAUUGAAAUAAUUGGGUGAACAUCUUAUAUCUAGGAAAUAUAAUAUUUUAGUUUUAUUAUAUCAAAAUAUAUUCACUGCCAACUAAGUGCUUAGAGCAAGUUUGACGGUAUGUUUUAAAAGUGAAAUCACGUUCCUAACUUAUUAUUAUUGUUAAUCUUAUUUCUAUCGGACAUAUUUUACUAAACAUUUCAGGUGUUAAUAUGCAGUUAGGGAUGUGAUCUUACAAUUUUUUUUUAUUUUGUAAAUAUGUGGUACAAUAGUUAAUCUUUGUUUUAUUUGGAAAAGUAUAUUGAAAUAUUUACUUGUGUGAAAAAGCUUUUGGUAAACAAAGAGAUAUAUCGCAUUAGAAACCAAUGAUUUUGUUGUAUUCAAAGUGGAAAUAUGUUUUUGACAUAAGUGUAACAUAAUUGUGUAGUAGCUAACUUAUAUGAACAUGCAGCCUGAAUUUUAAAUUACUAAUGAAAAAAAAAAACUUUCCGUAUCUUUGAAUAAAUAAGGAAACUAGUCACUCUCAGAUCCAGACUCUUCAAGCUCUUGGUCACAUUUCUUAUUUUUGGUAUUUUCUUUGAAAGUAAUAUUUUCAUAAAAUGGUUUGUAUUCCAAAUGUAUUGUUGGAGGGACAGAUGUAAAAAGAGAGUUUAAAUCGGUAUACUUAUCGUUUGAUAUUGGCAAUGAUUUCACAUACAAACACUGUUUUUCAGCUAGUCGAAAAUUACUGCUGUUCCCACUUUUUUGUUACAGUCAAGGAUUAAUAAACUCCAAAUUUUAUUUAAAUCUUAUAGUAAAUGGAUACUCUUUAGAAAAGCUUAGCCAUCACAUUUUUUGCCAGCUUACCUUACCAUUUACAUCUUCUUUCCAAACAGUCAAGUUACUAUCGGCAUAGGCUUUCCAGUCUAUGAAAUUCGCAUUUUGUGGAAAAUGUAAGGUUUGUCUCUGUUUCUUCACGCACUUCGGGCAAUUGCUUUCCAGUCCGCCGGCCAGUUUACUUUUCCGACUGUCUGCUGCUCGGUAGUUAUAGUAGAAUGUAAAGAGUUACAUUGCAUUUCUCUAUGACCAACAACCAAGGAUUGAGUAUAUUACAAGAAACUAUUUACCAGAGCGAACAUUGGGGAUUUUAAGGGCUGCUUCUAAUAUAAUUUUGCUUGUAGAUCUCAUAUUUUUCAUAACUGUGAGACCACACAUAAAAACAUUUAAUAAGGCUAUUCACAUUAAUUAAACAACUAGAUAACUGGAUUUAGUGAGGUCCUGGUCCAGUAAGAAUUUUAAUUAAUUAAUUUUAAGUAAUUUAAAAUACUUGGUUGUAGUAACAAGAAUUAUUCUGAUUUAGGAGAUACCUAUUUCUAAACAUAUUUAGCGCCACCAAUUGAAAUGUACGACUUAUCUAGUUAUAGCAUUGGAAAGAGCUGAAUUUCCCAAAAAAGAUACAUAGUUGUUGUACCUACUAAUCCCACGAUAUUCUCUUUUGGGUUAGAUGUCUUCAAAAAAAAAGAAUUUCGCUAAUCAGCUCUUAUCUUCACUUUCAGCUUCCUAAUGGUUUAUUCAUAUAACUGAAGCAAAUACAUACAACUUAUCUGGAUCAAGUUGGAGCUUACGAAACCAUUAGCCAGUAUUCAUAAAAAAACACACCCACCAUUACCCAUCUUUAUAGACCAAAGACUUCUUAGUUUGUGCGACACAUAUACACUAAAUCAAUGCACUCUAACGGAUCAUUUCACAUUUGAGUCCUAUUCAAUAAACUAAAGAGUGAUUAAGUCCUUUAUUUCUAUUUAAACACUUGCAUCCAACAACCAACUUAAAACCUAUGUUUGUUGAAAAUAUUUUCAAAUUCUUGUGCAUAAACAGGAUUUAAAGGUACUAGAUAAAAUUUUUUUAGUUUUUCAUUAAAAUUUUAGAAAAAUCAAUAUAAUAAAGAUUUUUCUUAAAUUUAUAACGAUUUUUCUAUUAUUUUUCUGUUAUAACCGUUAAGAACGGCAAUAUCCUCAAUUGGAUUCUCUUUUUUUUGCACCGUUCAUAAUAGUGGUGAAUUAAUCAUUUGGACUACUAUUAUUACUACUACUACUUAAUUAAAACAUGGCCUUUUUAUCAUCGAUACAUGUUUACAUGUAGUAAAUGUUUUUAAAUAUGUAAAACUAUUUCUUAUAACUAAUAUAUCUCGAAAUAGUAAUGUUCCAUUAUUUUAAAGUUUUAGAUACAUAUUAGUAAGUGGAAAUAGGAUAGAAUUCAUUCUUGAUGUUAUUGUCCUUCUUAUUACGAAAUUACGAAUGGUGUUGUGGGUUGAGGACUCGAAAUAAAACUGUCUAAGAGUUUCUUAAACUUCCAACGUUUCGACCUUUUAUUUGAUCUUUAUCAAAGCUAAAAAUAAAUGGUACGUUAUGACUCAAAGGAAGAUAAACAGUUCAAAUUGUAUGAGUUAUAAUGUGCCUUAUAUUUUUGGCCUUGAUAAAGAUCAAAUAAAGUAUCGAACCGAUGGCAACUUUUAGACAGUUUUGUUUCGACUGCUCAACCCACAACAUCAUUCAUAAUAGGUUAUAAUUUGAUAUAUUGAGAAAAAACAUUGCUGGAUACAGGUAUAUCCCAAUUGAUUAUUCCAUUACAACCAACAUAAUGUAUGCUAUAGAAAAACAAUAAAUAAUUUGAUUGGUCAUUACAGGUUUAAGAAAUGUCUUUGUUACAUAAUUUAUAUGAAGAACUGAAGUAACUUGCUCAAAUACUUUUUAAUCCUGCUCAUACAAAAGGUUUUGAAAGUACUUCUAGCAGAGUAGUUGGUUGUUGUUAGAUGUAAUGAUAGUUCAAAUAGAUAAAUAACCUAUAGUUUAUUGGGUGGAAUUGAAUAUGAAAUUAUUUUGUCCAAGUAUAUUUUUCCGCGAAUGAAGUUGCAUUAACGUGUAAAAUUUGAUAUAUGUGUAGGACAUAUUAAGUAAGAGUGUUAGUGUUGGUGUAGAGAUGGUAAACAAGGAUAAUCUGGACCAAAAAUAAUGUAUUAUACUGGCUGUGAGUAUAUAGAAGUCUAUUAUAAACUGAUAUUGAGAGUAAAUAAAAACAAAAGAAAUUGCCAUUAAAUUAGUUAAGCACUUAAAUAUUCCAAAUAUCAGGUUCCACAAAAUGAUUGUAUAUUUCGUGAAGAUGUUAUACAACUGUAUCAUUAGUGUUAACUCAUAUUUUAAAAUAAGUAUUUUGAGUAUGCUUAUUAAAUAUAAAUUUGUGUGUAAUCAUUGUUUAACCAAAAGCAAUAGUUUCACGACGUCCUGUAUGGUUCCUUAAAUAAUAUCUUGUUAAAUCUGUUUUGUUGCAGAAAUGUGUAAUUUAUUUGAAAAUGUUCGUAUUUGCUCUUAAGGUGGUGCCCGCAAAAGAGUGUUGAACUUGAAGGUAGUGAUUCUAUUUUCACGGGUAUAGCUCAGAAUUAAUAUGUACAUUCUAUGAAAACAUUGUGAUUAGCCAAUUCUUAAAUUUAUUAUGUUUAAAAAAACGUUUUAUUUUAUUUCCAAAAUUUUUAAUGAAUCAAAGUGAAAAAAAUACGUUUUUGAGAUUGACAAAUUAUUUUUUAUCUGCCCUUAGAUUUUUUUAUUUUUGUAGUACUAGUCAACUAAGUUUUUUUGUGUGGGUGAUAUUAAACAUUUGAACAGUCACUUCUUUGCUAGAACUCAUUGUAUAGGAUAAAAAUCGCGGUAUUUCGAAAUAUGCUAUAAAAGUUUUGUUAGAUUACGCAACUUGAACCUCGUUUGGUAACUUCUGACAAAAACCACUCAAUCCAAAAGUCCGAUUAUGCUCCUUCCAACAUAAUCCGUACAAAUCUCAUGUCUAGUACAACACAACAUAAUCAGAUGCUUUUGGGUUAAGUUUUUUGUUUGUUUAGAUUUUUGUGAAGUGACGUUCAAAUAUUUACCCAAGAAUUUUUUCAAGAGAUAUAAAUUUGACAAAAAAUAGCUUUUUAGUGAUACAAAUUAUAUAUUAUGAAAUUAAUUAAUGUUGCAAAAAAUUUAUGUAUGUACUGGAACUUUCGAGAGUUAAAUGCAGGCCAUUUAAAAAAACAGCUUCCUUCGGUCUUUACCAUACCUAUUGUUUACAGUCACUGUUCGUAACAAAAUUUUUCUACUAUGAACUUACGUGUCGAUACCAGUUGUUAUAGUGAUUGUAAAUUGAAACUAUUCUGUGAUGAAAAAUUAAGAGGAUUUGAAAGAUUCAUGUACUCAAUUGCAAUUAUAGGACUUGCGAAAGAAGUGAACAAUUUUGUUUCUUUUCAGUUACCGCUUGUUAAUACUACUACAGUUUUUGGUUGAUUUACAUUUUCCAUGCUAAAAACAUAUGUUUUUCCUCAUAAGUAAUAAAAUUGAUACACAAUGCUAGAUAGACGACCAGAAUUAAUGGGAAUUUAGGAGAUGGUGACAGUCCACUUUAAACUCAAAUUAUGAAACCAUUUUGAAAACAGUUCUACAGCGAAGAAAUUAAUUGAAAAAAAUUGUUUUGGUCUAUUUUAUUAUUGCCAUUGCAACACCUUAAGAGGAAAUCAAAAGAGAGCUUCGUAGAAUAUGUCUUAACUAAUCGGAUAUCACAUAUGUGCUAUUGGUCUAAAAAAGAAAUGCAUUUUGUUAAUUUGUUGGGAAAAAUAACCUUUGCUUGUCAACUUUUUUAUGUUAUUGUCAGCAACAAUAAUUUGAGUUCUUUCGGUGGUCUGUAAACAUAAAUAUUCUAGACGUUCCAACUCUGAAGCAAUCCAUAUAAUAAACACAAUUUUUUUUGAGCUCAAACCAGUAAUUCACGAUUGACUUUGCGCCUUGUUGACAAUUAUGGUCAAAGCCAUGCACUGGAAAAUUUUAUUACUUGAAAUCUUUGAAAUUUUUACUUCAGCACAUCUUUUUACAUUUGUCGUUGAUAAUUGUAGCUUCGAGGAAAUUCUGGGAUAGUUUUUUUCAAUUCCAAGCCUUAUUCCUUUGCACAAGGUCAUUGGAUCUAAGCUACAAAUGAGUAUCAAUAGUAACCAACAAGUUAACAUGUGUGGUGGUAUUCUAGAUGGUUUCAAAAAGUUAUGGAACUUUUGGAUAAUUCUGUUAAUCGACUCGUUCUUAACAACUUGAUGAGUCAAUUGUAUUUAUGGUUCUUUUUUUUAAUAUCAUUAUUCUUCGAAGCCAAAAACAGCUCGUACAAAAAAUUAGUAAAAAUUUAGCAAAGAAGUCGAAAAUAACUUAAUGAACGGACCAAAUGUGUCUAAUGCUUUAUUCUAGUUUUCUAAAAGCGUAUUCACAAUAUUUCCUUACUUAUUAUACCAAUUGUAGGACACAUAAAUUGGAUGGUUCUAAAAUCUAUAGCAGACUUGGUAGAAACAAUUUUUGUGUAUGUGAAAAAAUGGAAAUAUUUCUAAAUCUAUUGUUAUUUUAUUCAUAAUGUAAUAAAUUAGAUUAUUUUAUUGUGAAUUCUAUAUGAAAUUGCAAACGUUUCUGGUUUUUAUUGUGUUUGUACUUAAACAUUCAAAGAUUCAGUUCUUAGUAUCCAGUAUGAUCGGAAUCGCCCUUUUCAUCUGAACAAAGAUAUUUUUAUUUUUAAACUUUCUUUGAUUGUGUCAAAUUUAAAACUGGUAAAGAGUUGCUUUUCAUAAUCUAUCAAUUUCUGGUGGAACAAUAUUUCUGAUAACAAAUUUCCGAUGACGAUGCAAGUUCUACACCACUAUCAUUAUGAUGGUUGUGUUACCAUAUCUUGAGAUCACAGAUUUCAAAGAAUGCUAAUCAACUCAGAAUAUUCGUUCUACAUAUUAACUGAAAUACUUUUAAUUAUUAGAUAAACCCAGAUAAGAUUGUUCUAUUUGUAACAAAAAAUAAUAUUCUUUUAGAUAGUGUCCCUUUAUCGCUUUCCAGUUUCAAACCGAACAAAUGAAAUUAUUUCUCCUAGCUUGAAGGGUAUUAAAUCUUCGCUCUUUUUGAUUUUUUGUCCAAAUAAUUUUUGCCUAUUGUCGCAAUUGUGAAAAAUUUUAAACUUAGUUGAACCUGAAAAUAAUUUUUCUACUUGCACAUCAUUCUCAUGUGCUUUCUGAGGCUGCAGUAUAUAGAUGUUUUUACUACAGAACAUCACUCGAAAGCAAAUAUUUGGCACAUAAAGAAUAUUUUUUUGACUCAUGCAUAUAUGUAUUUUCUUCAUGUAAAUAUCAUUUUUAUUUGAAUUACAACGAUUAUAAACUGUAAUAGUUUUGAAAAAAAAAAUUUAACUAUCUAUAUAUUUAUUCUUCAACAAGGCCUUUUGAAACUAAUGUAAAUUUGGCACGAACCUGCAGUGAUAAAUUUGAUUGAAUACUAUAACCCUGUUUUUUUAUUGAAGUCACAAUGAUUCAGCAUUGUUGAUUAUCUUACAUUUUUUGAAUUUACAAAAAAAAAUUGUCAAAAAACUGAUACUCAAAAAACACAUUUAGAGGAUUGACUCUCAUUAAGCUUAACGUUAUCAGUUCUUUAUAUAUACACUGCAGGCCAAAAGUUUAAGACCACCUUAAUUAAAGUAGGAAAAUUAAAUAAAUCUCCAAUAAAAUAUUAAGUGUUCAACUAACCGGUUAAAUCAUCCAGUAAAACACUUUUUGACAAUCAAUAUACUUUUAAAGGAAUAUUAACAGUCCAUGUUAAAAAAUUUUUAUGGCCGUUUUCACAAGUCUCUACAUACUCUUACCACAAAAUUUCUCUUCAUAAUUUUGAAAUAUGCUUGGGGAUCAUUAUCCGGUUGGAAAAUGAAUUAAUCGCAAACCUGAAGGAAGGGAAUUUUGCUCUAAAAUUUUUUUGUACUCUUCGUUUUCCGUCAAUUUUGAUCAAAUCGCCAGUUCCAUGACUAGAAAAGCAACCCCAGACCAUAAUUGAGCCAGUAUCAUGCUCGAUUCCUGGGACUACACAGUCUGGUAUCGACUUUUAUUGAGCACGUAAAUUCUUCGUUUUGAACUGAAUAGCUCAAACUUGGUCGCAAAGAACUUUCAAAUCUUCUUCAAUCCAAUCGAGCAAAAGCCCGCUGCAUCCGUUUUAUUCUUAUUUUGUGACCUUAGAAAAGGUUUUCGAACGGCGACAUGACCAUACAACUUCACAUCUCUCAAACACCGUUUUACUGAUACAAUGAUAAAGGUUCAAAUCGGGUUUUGUUCACUUCAACGCGGAUUUCUGGUGCUGUUGAACUUCUAUUUCGCUUGCUGAUAACUACAAUGAAAUUAUCUUCAUUUGACGUGGUAAUUCUCGGCCUUCCCGAUCGCGGACGAUCUUGAAAACUGUCUGGCUUCCUAUAAGGAGUUAUUGUGACACGAAUUCAAGUCUUCGAUAACUUCAAUUGUAAAGUAAUCCCACGUUCGGAAUUGCCUUCAUUAUGUAGAUCAACGAUGGCAGAACACACUUCACUGCUAAUUUCGCGUGCUUUUCCCAUUUUAAGACGACUUUACUGCAGAAACCACAAGUUUAGAUUAAUUGUGAUUGUAAACAAACCCAUGUAACCGCAGGUAAUAAUGAUGGGGGAAAAACAGAGCAGUUAGUUAUCAGCACAUCAUAAAAGUAUUAUUAACGACUUUACCACCUGGCUACUGCGUUGGUCAAUACACGUUUAUUGCCCAAUAAUUUGGAAGUAAAUAAAAGAAUGGCUUCUUUAGAUAUAUGAUUUUAACAAUAGAAUAUGCAGGUGUACAUUUCUUUUAUUAAUCUUAUGGGGUUUCGAUGUAAUUGAUAGAUAAUUAUGCUGUUUUAAUGUGGUCUUAAAAUUUUGACCGGCAGUUUAAGUUUAGAACGUUUAAGGUGAAUUAGGUUAGAUAGACAUAAAAUCACAUCUACUGUUUGUUGCAUUCGGUAGCAUAGUUCACAUUCAUUUAUUCAAAUAUUGAGAAAUGAAUUUUAUUAAGAAUAUUUGAGUCAGUACAAGCUGCCAUUCUGGAAGUGUUAAGGUUGUUAUAUUUGGAUUCAUUUCUAAAUAUGAAGCACAAUGAGACUCUAACCAUAUCUGAAACAAGUAAUUAUGGUUCCCAAACAUUUUACGUUGGUUCAUUUCUGAAAAAGAGUUGAAAAAUAAGAUUUCAAGGAAGGUAGAUGGGCUAUGUGGGAAAACAAUAAAAAUCUCGAUGAGUAGAUGUAAAAUUUCCAUAUAAAUCGAGAGUAAAGACUGGUAUUGGUAGUUGUACGUUGUUUAAUGAAUUCAUAAAACAAUUUUACACGGCAAAUUUUGAAACAAAAGCUAAAGGCGCUGAGAAUAAACUUUACUUUGAAAUUUCAUUUAGUACCAUUUCAUUUGAUAACGGGAACACAAAAAGCACCCUGUGUUGAGAUUCUGGGUUAUAUACAGUUCUCACCUGACAUAUUCUGCUUUUGAAAAUACAUCUAUAAAUCAUACUAUUACGAUUAUUGAUUUUUAGAAAUGUCGUUGUUUGUAGAAUAAUUUUAAAAAAGCUCUAGAUCCAAUAAUUUAAUAGGGCUAAUGUGUUUUACCGAAUAAGCUUCAUAUUAAUUGCCAUUAUGGAUUUGAGUACUUCCCGAACGGUCCACGUUCCCAUCCAUCCCUAUAUUGCAGAAAUAAAAUAGUUCAUAUGUCACAAUGUAAUUUUAUUAAUAUAAAGUUAUUGUUAUCGAACUGACACUACUGAAAGGUUUGUUUUUAUUUGAAAACAAAUUUUAUCUAUAUAACCAUCUUUGCUACUAAGUAUUGAGAGGGUUGUCCCAUUUAAUUAUAUUCACAUUAUUAAUGUAAGUGUAACUACGGUUUAGUUUUGGAAUUGAACGAUUCACUUGCCUCAAGCUUAUUGUAUCUCUCAUUUGAAAAUUGAAAAUCUUUUUUAGAAAUCACUGUUUUUCACGCACUUAUUUAAAACAGUUUGAUAAUUAUAAACGUAAAAAUCGAAGGAAGGCAAUCCUGAUUUAUUCUAUUGAAACUUUUAAAAGUACGAACAACCUGCCAUCCAUUCAGAUUGUUUUUAUUUUAUUUAUUUAUUAAAAGACGAAUUGUACUUUUCAAAGUUUAUCUUUUAAAAAAAAAAUGAAUUUAUUCACCUAGACAUUUGUAGAAUUCUAUUUAUGUUUUUCUCUCUAUGAACAUAAAUAGGAAGUGGCUGUAAACACAUGUAUCAGUUUCAUCAUUCAUACCAAUCGUAAUCAAUUUAAUAUUGAAAUUGCUUAGAGUCCUCUUAGUUAACUGUUGACAAAAAAUAGUAAAAAAGCAUAACUAAAAAUAUUGUUAAUACUCACUCUUGUUAGAUUCAUCUUUUUCCUGAUAUUAUUAACAAUUGCUUUAUAUGUUUGGUAUAAUAUUAAAUGAAAUGGUUAAUUUUAUACAUUCAAAAUACAUUUUUUAUUGGGCUAAUCAUUUAGUGGCGAUUUUCCAAAGACAGCAAUUUUUUUUAAUUAUUGAAUUCAUUUGAAAAGUAUUCUUUAGAUAACGAAAGGCGAAAUAUAGACUUUGGAAUUAGUAAUGUUUAUGAUGCAAUAAUCAAUAUUUUGACGUUGAUCCAAGACAUUAAAGGGAAUGUAAAAAAAAGUUUUUUUGAAUAAAAAUAAAGGAUUACAAAAACGAUUAAAACUGAGCACAUUAAUUUUUUUGCUCAUUCAUAAAAAUUUGAACUUUGAACCAGAUCCACAGGGUGAUCGGUAACAAUCAAUCAAAAAUGAGUUGUUUAAUAAAAUAAUUCAAUCUUAACCUCUAAACAUAAAAUUAAAUGUGAGAAAUCAAAAAAGUUGUACAAAAUAAUUGAGCAUAGAAAUAUGUUAAUGUAUUAAAAAAACUUCAGUUGGGCCAACGAGUUUCAUUUCUACUAUUUAAAUAAUAUUUACACAAAGAAUACUUAACAAAAAUCGAAUAGUUUGGCACCUAAUUUGGAGCAUGAUUGCAAUAUUCUUUCUACUUGCUUAUAUGCUCCUUUUAAAAACCACAAACAUAUUUAUCAAUUAUUUUUCUUUAUAUUAUCUUCAAUUAAGAAUCGUAUCUCAUUUCAUCGAUUGUUUAAAUAUGUUCAACCCUUAGAAAAAUGAGGUCGAAGAAUUUUUUAACGAAAUACUACUGGAACUUCUUAUUCACUUCUAUUAGACAUUGAAUAUUGAAGUAUAUAUGUUAUGGACAAAAUAAUUAAUCAGAGCAUUUAUAAUUCCUGGGCACUAUAAACAGUGACAUGUCAAAUUGGGCAAUAUAAUACUUAUUAUCAUAGUAUCUGGGCAUUAUGAAUAUUGCUAAGUAGUUAUUGGGCGAUUUGAUAAUUAGAUAGGCAGGGCACACGAAACAAGAAUAAACAUGUACGGAGCAUGGGUUACAAUUAGUCACUACUUAUUUCAACGUGGAUAAAUCAAAAUUAAUUGUCAUAAAUUAUAGAAUUGAUGGAAAAUUAAAUGAAUUAAUUGUUGAAAGGUCAAAAUACUAAUUUUUUUGACUAGCACAAGCAAUACAGAGUUGAUUCAAAAUGUGAAAUAGUCCAAGUGUAUAGUGUCAAAUAAAAAAUCAGAUUAUCAGCACAUAAUCUAUCAUAUUAAUUUUAUAAUAAUGAUGUCAAUAUUCAUAAAAUUUAAUAAUAAGUAUUAUUAAAAAUUUCAUUAGUUUUUACCAUAUUGCCUGCUCAUAUUGUGCAUUUUUAAAACUGUAUGGACAUUAUGAAUAGUGUUCUAUUAAUUACUUUGUCCAUAUCAUAUAUUAUUUCGUUUUAAAAUGCCAAAUGUUUUGAAUUUUUUUGCAAUACAAAUUGAGGUUAUCUAAUUCAAAUUCAAUUUUUUUUUAUUUUUAAUUUUGGGUAUUAAUAAACAUGAAUAAUGAAAUUACUGCAGAACAAGGUAGAAAUUUUUGACCAAAAUCCUAACUAUUUUUUUUUAAAUUUGAAUUUAUUAUUUUUGAAAAAAUGGGUUAAUGAUAAAACUGGUACAUCAAAUUUAUAAAUAUAGAUUAAGGUAUCGUGUUCGACAUAAGAAAUUCAUUGGUAAAACUAGAUGUUAUUUAAGUAGGGAAGUUUUACUUAAAAUUCUGUUUAUAACAAUGUCCAUUUAUUUAUUGUACAAAUUUUCUUAAUAUACUAUUAUGUUAUUUAAUCAGUAUUAUUAAAUAAUGAAUUAACAUUGAAGACCUUGUGAUUUAAAAGUUCAUUCUGGACAUUGAUAUAAGAGUAUGGUUUUUGGUAAAAAAACUGUGUUCUAAUAAAAAUAUAGAAAAGUAUAGUUUGGUAACAGAAAAAUUUCACCGAUCACCAUGGAUUUGCUGUCCUUGGACAUGCUGAAACACACUUUAUUAUUUAUAUAUCGAAAUGUUAUUUUAAAACAUUAUCGGUUACAAAAAAUAAAAGAUUUAU